UUCCCGGCCGCCCGAGGCGGGCUCCGCUCCCGCUGCGGGGACACCCACCUCACGGCGUCCCCGCUCCGCCGGGCCGAGCCCCAAGUAUCGCGGGAGCCGGGCGCUGCCCGCGCCGCCGCAGCCAUUGGGCGGCGCGCCGGAGGAGAAGCGGCGGCGGCGGCGGCUGACGGGCGGCCACCGACCCUGAGCCGCCGAGGCAGCGGCGCCGAACCGAGAGCGAAGCCAGCGCAGCCCCGGCCGCGCCUUGGGGCCGCUGUCCCGCCGCGACGCGCCUCAGCGGCCAUGAGGAGAAGGAGGGCGGCGGCGGCGGGCUCUGCCCCGGGCGGGCGGCGGCGCUGCUGCCGCUGCUGAGCGCGGGGCCGGGGUCGCCGCUGUGGGUGCUCGGCGUCCCGCCGCAGGCACUUAGAAAGUUAUCCAGCAGUUCAAUACUAAGAUAGUGCUUUGGGACCAUGGCCGAAGCAGAACUCCCAACCUUGACAUGGAAUGCAGCUUAUAAUGUGGGAUGCUUGUCUUUGCUUCCAUGUUGGAUUUGAACUGUGGGAGUUUAAUACAUCUCAGCAACUGCUGUCUUUCCUCAGCAUUUGAGCUAGAUACCAAGUAAAGCAAUGAGGAGAUUUGUUUACUGCAAGGUGGUUCUAGCCACUUCUCUCAUGUGGGUGCUUGUGGACGUCUUUUUACUUCUGUACUUCAGUGAAUGUAAUAAAUGUGAUGACAAGAAAGAGAGGUCUCUGCUGCCUGCUCUGAGGGCUGUUAUUUCUCGAAACCAAGAAGGACCUGGAGAGAUGGGAAAGGCUGUGCUCAUUCCAAAGGAUGACCAGGAGAAGAUGAAAGAGCUGUUUAAAAUCAACCAGUUUAAUCUUAUGGCCAGUGACUUGAUUGCCCUGAACCGAAGUUUGCCUGACGUGAGAUUAGACGGUUGCAAGACAAAAGUCUACCCCGACGAACUCCCCAACACAAGCGUAGUUAUUGUGUUUCACAACGAAGCCUGGAGUACUCUGCUUCGGACCGUGUACAGCGUUAUAAAUCGCUCGCCGCACCGCCUGCUUUCGGAAAUCAUCCUGGUGGACGAUGCCAGUGAGAGAGAGUUUCUGAAGGCCUCGUUAGAGAAUUAUGUGAAAAAUCUGGAAGUCUCCAUAAAAAUCAUUCGGAUGGAGCAGAGGUCAGGACUGAUCCGCGCGCGGCUCCGUGGGGCAGCAGCCUCUAAAGGGCAGGUGAUAACGUUCCUGGACGCACACUGCGAGUGCACCCUGGGCUGGCUCGAGCCGCUGCUGGCCAGGAUAAAGGAGGACAGGAAAACUGUUGUCUGCCCAAUCAUUGAUGUGAUCAGCGAUGACACAUUUGAAUACAUGGCUGGAUCUGAUAUGACUUAUGGAGGGUUUAACUGGAAACUUAACUUUCGCUGGUAUCCAGUUCCCCAGAGAGAGAUGGACAGGAGGAAAGGAGACAGGACCUUGCCUGUAAGGACCCCUACUAUGGCUGGUGGCCUAUUUUCUAUUGACAGAAACUACUUUGAAGAGAUAGGAACUUACGAUGCAGGAAUGGAUAUCUGGGGUGGCGAGAAUCUUGAAAUGUCUUUUAGGAUUUGGCAGUGCGGCGGCUCUCUUGAGAUUGUCACCUGCUCCCACGUUGGCCACGUUUUCCGAAAGGCAACACCUUACACCUUCCCCGGUGGCACGGGACACGUCAUCAACAAGAACAACAGGAGACUGGCAGAGGUCUGGAUGGAUGAGUUUAAGGACUUCUUCUAUAUAAUAUCCCCAGGUGUUGUUAAGGUGGAUUAUGGCGAUGUGUCUGUCAGAAAAGCACUAAGAGAAAACCUGAAGUGUAAACCCUUCUCGUGGUACUUGGAAAACAUCUAUCCCGACUCCCAGAUUCCACGGCGUUAUUACUCACUUGGUGAGAUCAGGAACGUUGAAACCAACCAGUGUUUAGACAACAUGGGCCGCAAGGAAAAUGAAAAAGUGGGCAUUUUCAACUGCCAUGGCAUGGGCGGAAAUCAGGUGUUUUCUUACACUGCUGACAAAGAGAUCCGCACGGACGACUUGUGCCUGGACGUCUCGAGGCUGAACGGCCCCGUCAUCAUGCUGAAGUGCCACCACAUGAGGGGGAACCAGCUCUGGGAGUACGACGCCGAGAAGCUCACCCUGAGGCACGUCAACAGCAACCAGUGUCUGGAUGAGCCGUCGGAGGAGGACAAGAUGGUUCCCACCAUGAGGGAGUGCGGCGACAGCCGUUCCCAGCAGUGGCUGCUGCGCAACAUGACCCUGGGUGCCUGAAGUCGGCGCAGACCCGCUGCCUCGGCCGGGAUGUCCUCCUCCUCCUGCCCUCCUCCUUGCUGAGGCCGGCGGUGCCGAAGCCGUCUCCAAAUCCCAGCUGUCAGAGCAAAGUCAUGGGGGGCUUCCCUGGAUGCGGCGGGUCUCCACGUGCCCCUUCGAAACCUGUGCCCGUUCAAAAGAAGCUCAUCUGAGCCUAUAAAUGUCAAAACAUGUGCUGUUACCAACACAAAUGUGCUCAAAAAUGGUUCCAGAGACACCUCUAUGAACCCUGCAUCAAAGAGGCUGGGAUGGAGGGUGUUUUCUGUGUGUCACACACCAUGACAGAGAAGGGACCCGAUAUAAAAUGCCUUAUGACACUAACUGGCACUGGGAACCAUCCUGGCAGGUGUCUCCUGAGCUGGAGGUGUUGGUGCUGGUCUUUCCUCACAACAUGGUGGGGAUAUUUGCUGUUCUCUCGCGUUGAGUGGGACUCGGUGAAGAACCCCACUGAGCAGCAAAGUCGCUGUACAGAGCGAAAGCUUCGUGGUUUGUGCUGGGGAAAAAAAUGCGAUCCGGUGUUUGGAAAAGCAGCCAAACUGAGCAAAGGCUGCACUCAGAAACUGAAAUCAGAUCAAAUGAGGCAACAGCAAAAGACGCGGGAGCAAUGUUAAGGAGAAGGAGUGACGCACGUGGGUAACCCAGAGCAGCGCAGAUUGAAAUGUCCUCUGCAGCGGGAAGAGAAACGGCUGGGGCUCACCCCUGGGGAGCUGCAAGGGGGUUGCAGGUGGAGGUACCAAAAACUGAGACCACUGGAGACUGAGAGUUGGUCUGAACUCCAUCCCUAGCUGCUGCCCUUAAGCAUUAGUAUGUACCUGCAUCCUGUAUAAGACACAGACGAGAGCUUCAUCCGUGGAUCCCCCACGCACAGAGGGUGAAACUGGAUCGACCCUGAGUUCUGGCUCCAGAUGUUCUUGCUUCGAUAGCGAUGACAGAUGCUUAUUUAUAUUUUUAAUAAUUUUGUGGCUUAAUCAUUUUGUCAGCGUGGUUAUUAAAAACGUGCUGAUGGCACGCAGUCGUGUCGGAGGCGUCGCAAGAACUGAUGCCGUGGCGGGGUGUGGGGAAGGGUCCUGUACGUACGGGUGACAUUUCCUAUAUGUGCUGGUGACGUUUCCUUUGGUGACCCCGGCAGCACGGGCUCCCCAAAAUGCAUCUGUUGCGCGACAGGCUGGGCUGGGUUUUCGGCAAUAAUCUGUAACUUCUCAUUGCCUAGGGGGUUCAAGACCUAAAUCACAGGGCGGCAGCCGCAGCAUAAUUUCAGCACGGGUAAGUGGUGAAAUGGUUUCCUAUUAUUUCACUCACAGUUCCUCAAAAGGUCCGUUUAUGCACUAGGUCAUUAAAAAUGACAGUAUUUUCUGUAUAAUGCUCUGGUUGUUAUGGAUUAAUAGUGUCAUAUAUGUACGUAUUAUAAAUUUAUAGAUCAUCCAUAUUUUCUUGGUACACAUCAUUAAAUGAAAAAUAGACAAAUAUUAAAUUGGAAAAGUGAUUGCUCUGCAUGCAUGGGAGCUAGAGCGUCACGGAUUAACGCAGACUGGAAGCUCAUCUAGUCCAGCCUCCCUGCUCAAAGUAGGGUCAAACACUUCCACUUCUUAUCUUCAAAUCACCACAAAAGUACACAACGUGGCUUAAAAGCCAGCAGAACAGGUGAAGGCUGUAAUUCUUCUUCAUAGAAAGAGCAUGCAAACAUCACAAACAAAUUUAAACGCCAAUCUCCACGCAGAAAAAAAUUAAUGUAAUUGUUUCUUCAUCUCCUUUCCAGGGGUCCUUGCCACAUGCACACCCACUCAUGCUGGUAGGCAUCCAGGCACUUGGCUUUUGCAUGUCACUGCAGAAGUAGAUGUUGUGGAAGGUCCUACAGCAGGCAGGAGCAUGAGGAGAGGGCGGCUGGUGGUGCCGUCUCUCCUGGGUGCCUCCAGCGUUACUUACGAAAUACCCCUGGCAGCGAAGGGCGAAGGCUGCCAAGUCCCCUACACCGCCCUGUUCUCAUCCCAAGGUUUUCCUGACGUUGUAGCUGGAGGGUGACGGCAAGGUGCAACCGGUGUGUAACUGUCUAGGCUUGAGGUGCAAUCUCAAAAACAGACGAAGAAAAGAAUAUUUUUCUCCUUAGAAUUACUAGAAAGGUUUUUAGUCUUGUAAAGUGUGUAAUCCCUUGGUUCAGUUAGCGAGCUCGCCGUGUUUGGGUAUGGUCAGUGCCUGCGCUGCCGGGUCCCCGAUGGGGGGGAACAGAAGGGAAGCACCUCUGUGAUGGGUUGUACUUAUUUAGGAGCAAAUACCUGUUUAACUUCAGUCACGGAGAAUAUUUCCAUGGGCUUCGAGGGGCUGGAUCCUGGAUUUACCUCCUCGGUAAGGAUACAGAAGUCCCUGGAGUCCCAUCCCAGAGGAAUUUCACACAAAGCCUCAUUUACGGAGAGCGAGGUGGUGAUGAUGAGGGUGCCUUAAAUGCUGAUAACGGCAUCAGAGACGGUAAACGAUGUGGUUUAGUGAAUGAAUGUAAGUUACUGCGCUUGGGGCCCAGCCCUUCCUCCUGCCACUGAAUUUGAGUGUUGCCUUGGCAAGUGAUGUGGGCUAAAUUAUUUAAAAUAGGUCAUCCGCUUGCCUCUGUUGGUGACUGUCUGAAGUUCAGUGCCCACAAACGGACCACAUCGGUUGGUCUUUGCUUCCCCAUUUAUAAAAUAUCUCAAAAAGGUGUCGGGAGGAUUGACUUCAAUUUGCACAAUAUGUUUAAAAUAUAAAGAAUUCUACAAAUGCUGAAUAUUUAUUGUUUUCACUGGAAAAGUGUUGCUGGUUCUCCUAUUUUUAAAGACUUGCUUUGACAAAAGGAGAGCGAGCUGUAAGGCUGGGUGGCAUCAGCAAACUGAACGUUUUGAAGAGCAAGUUGAACCAUAAACGUUAUAAAAAGCUGUGUUCCUUUUUACCUCCCGGCACCUUCUGGGGAUCCACGGAGGUAAGGGAACCCAGGUACAACCCCAGAACUGAAAUAGGCAUUUGGAUCAAUAGACCUAGAUGGGUUUCUCUGCAGAUGCAUAUUUCCCAGUCACUAGGAGGAUUGAUUUAUUUGUUGCACUCUAAUAUGAAUAGUGCUUUGAAGAAAAGCUGCAAAACUCCAUGUUCUGGUUUUUUUUUUAAUGUGAAAUUGGAGAUCUCAUCUGAUCCCACACCCUUGGGCUGCAUCUCGUGGGGGGUGCUGGGCAGAGCCUCACAGGAGGCGAUUCUCAGAAGGUCAGAGCCAUUAAACAGACCCGAACAAUUUGGGGACAUAAAAAGGGAGUUGAGGAGUGCCGGUGAAUGCCACAGCCCGCCCGUGACAGUUUGCAUUUUUUCAGGUAGCUGAAAGCCUGCCCGCGUCCCCACGGCUAACACAGCUGGUGAGACUACACCAGGUGUAACCUGCUACUAGCGACGAGCUAUUGUAUGACCGACGGUGUUGAAUGAACACCAGCAACGUGUUUUAAUGCUUCUGUGGCUUUCCGUGUCCGUGCUUCUUCUCCAGCGUGUAAUAACAUCCAGCCAGAACCAUCGCUCCGAUAUGUGGCCACCCCCUUUAUCUUAUUUUAUCUCUGCGAGCACGUAUUCAGGACAGCUCGGUAAGCGGUGCCUUGCGAAAAAGGCCACGAUACUCUGAGAUAAUACAAAGUGUAUUUGAAAAACGUUGGGAUUCUGCUCGGUAUUUUCCGAAGCGGGAAAAAAAAAACCUGAGGUGCUGUGGUUUGGAGGACGCGCUUACAAAAGCUCCUGAAUAAGUGCUGGGAACACAGAUUUAAAUUAAAUUUAUAAAAGUAGAUUAUGGAUAAAGAAUUACACAUUUUAAAUGUUGUAACAGUUAUUAAAUGGUAUACUGGUACUCUUUGCUGUACAUUUAAAUAUUUAUACAUUUUUGUAGAAUUAAAAUAUACUGGUUUAGUUUU